GAGUGUCUCCGCGCCUUCCAAGGUUGACCGGCCUCCGGAGCGGUUGGGCGGGGCUUCGUUUGUUGUGACUGCCGGUCGUGCCUCCCAUUUCCAGUGUUUGCUUAUGCAAUAGUCACGGGUACUUAUGCCUUGCUGGAACCGCUCAUCGACAGCCUCCACCAUACCAUGUGUGCCCUGAAUUGCUCAAGACUGGCACGGCUCCCCUCGUUGGCGACCAUGUGCGGUGCGGCUGGCUAGACCCUUUCAUGUCUGCGAACCGCUCAACUUGGCACUAUCCGUGUUAGUCUCCGCGUCCGACUUACACCACCCGACGCCCGCUCGACUUACACCCUGCAAACACCCUCCAUCAUGUCAGCCCUCAGGAACAACUCCCGCUUGACGUUGGCGAUUCUCGGUUGUGGAAACAUGGGAAUCGCCAUCCUCCGCGGCGUGGUCACAUCCCAGCACUCCGCUUCCAGUCAACCCAGCCACGACAGCGCUGCCAGGCCACCACCACCACCAUUCUUCUUCACCCGCUUCAUCGCCUGCGUCAACCGCCCCGAGUCCGUCGUCGCCCUCCAGCACAAAGUGUCCGAGCUCGGCCCACUACCGAGCACUGCCGCCGCAAUCGACGUGUGGCAAGGCCGCACCCUCGAGGCCGUCCAGGCCGCCGACGUGAUCCUGCUCUCCUGCCAGCCCUCCCAGGCAUCCGGCAUCCUGGCCGGCCCGGAGAUGGCGAGAGCGCUGUCCGGCAAGGUCCUGCUCAGCAUCUGCGUGGGACUCUCGCUGCCCCAGCUUGAGGCACUGAUUCACUAUCCGGACGACCAAGACCAGCAGCAGCAGCAACGCCUCCCGCGCUGCGUCCUGGUUCACGCCAUGCCAAACACUGCAAGCACGAUCCGCGAGUCGUCGACCAUCAUCAGCCACUACCCCUCACAGACAGGUUCCUCCUCCUCCAAGACUACCUCUGACGACCUCGCAGAGCACAUCUUCUCCAGCAUCGGCAAGGUCAUCCACGUUCCCAGCACCCUCAUGCCCGCAGCCAGCGUGACGGCGGCCUCCACGCCCGCCUUCUUCACUCUCGCCCUGCAGGGCGUCAUCGACGGGGCCGUGGCAAAGGGCAUAUCCCGGGAAGACGCGACCAUCAUGGCCGCACAGGCAAUGAAGGGCACCGCGGGGAUGGUCCUCGCGGGGGAGUCGCCACAAGAGGUCAUGGAGAAGGUCAUGACGCCAAAGGGCUGCACCGAGAGGGGCGUGCACGUCCUGCAAGGCGCCGGCGUGGAUGGCGUGUAUGCUGACGCCACGAGGACGGGCAUCGAGAGGGUGUUUGAAAUGUCUCGCGAGAGGGAGAUGAAGGCUGCUGGCAAGAGCUGAGGGCUUGGGGACUCCAAUCGUUGGCGAGUGUCACCCAAGGUAAUACUCGAAUGAUCAAUAAAGCUGCAUUGGCAGUUGCAACAAGGCGGGCAUUACUUUAUGAAGAGAGUUACUUGUGGGAGCCCAACCGAAAAUCAUCCAGACUCAUCCAGGAGGAGUGUUCGGUCAACAAGCAAUCCACGAAGUCGAAUGUGCAGAUCUAAGCGGAGCGUCCACUCUUAUGAGCAGAUGGGCACGCAAUUCUAGAAAGCUCAAGAUAGCGGAUACACUGUAGCACGCGAUCGCAACAAGGGACUAUCGCAUCUCGGAACAAAGAACUCCUUUUGUGUACUAUUCAUACAUACAAGAUUUGAAUGGUCAGUCGCCAUCUCCCC